AUGAGCAAUCCGGCGCAGUCUCAGGCGCCCUCUCAGGUGCCCACCUCUUACCACCCACGACUUCCUGUAGGUCAGGGCCAGUAUCCUUUCCCACACAACGUCUACUUCGCUUCUCCCCCAAUCUCUUCCACAACUAUGCCACAAAACCAUCAACAACCAGUGCCACAGUCACCAGGCCACCACAUGUUUAGCACGGCAAUGGGCCCCCAGCAUAUGCCCCCAGCAAACAGGAACAUGCCGUUGAACAACCAGAGGCCUGGCCAGGGCGGUCCUGGAGUCCCGGCCAUCCACCACCGCAUGCCCGGUCAGGGUGGACUUGGAGUCCCAGCGCCUCAGGCUGUGGCUUCCAACUGGAACUCACCAGCCGGUCUUCAAACACCUCAUCAUGUCGCCAACAAUAAUCCUUCCACCCAAUAUGUGUCGAACAAUACCUCACCAGCAGGACCCCAGGCCCUUGGUCAUAUCGCCAACGGCAACCAUCCCGCUCAAUAUGCGCCUAGAAAUAUUGCUUCGGCAGGUCCCCAGACGCCUCAUCCUGUAGCCAACAGCAACUCUUCUACUCAGAAUGUGCCAGCCAGUACCUCAGCAGGGACUUACCCAGGAUUGUACCAGGCCAGCCCUGCAACGCAACCUAUGCCUCGACCGGCCCAGUUGGCACCACAACCCGUGCCUCGUCACGGCAGCGUGCCACCCCGAGCUCCCAGGCCCGGCCAGGCCCCGGCCAGUAACGGGCAAGGCGUUGCCAGCAACUAUGGACAGAUAAUCAACGGUCAUCAUCUGCCCCCGGGUUUCCGGCCCAACGGAUACCAGACUGCAGGUCGGAUUUCCCAGACGCCCCCUCCCAAGCCCGUCUUCAACGGCGGCCAAUUCCCCCAGUUCAUGCCCCCAGGAAACGGCACCCACCGGGGAACCCCUCCGGCUCAACCUGUGCCUCAGCCCAUGACGCGGUACAAUCUGCCGUCAAGCACACAAACGCCUCCUCAGUCCGUCCAGGGCAGAACUGCAACCCCACCUGUGGCAUCCAGCAGCAACAUUCCCCAGGGCGACAACAUGCCUCCCAGAAACGGCGUUCCUCCUCCGGCGACCAGACAGCCCGCCGCCAACCCCAGUGCUAAGCGUGCUGCAGACCAGGCUGUUUCCCAGCAACCCACCAAGAAACAGAGGAAGCCUGCUAAUCCAGCUCAGAGGCCUGCUACUCUAGCCCAGACGCCUGCUUCUCCAGCCCAACAGCCUCCAACAACCACCGAUCCUGAGCCAGUCGUUUACGACAAAGUCGACCCCCUUCCCCCGACAUGGGCCGAUGAGCCCCCGCACCUCCCCGACUAUGAGCUAGCCAAAAUCGAGACCAGCGUCGUGGUUGAGCCAGACCGCACGAAGCCCUGGCCCGAGGGCAAGGAGGCCCUCGCGUGGGACCAAGCCAUCGCCGAGAUCGUCGAGCUCAUCCAGAAGUACUGCCACAAGGGCUGCCUCCUGCGCCCCACGCCUCUCGCGCGCCUCCGGGAGCUGACCGACGCGAUCGAGGAGUACGUCGCCCGGCCCGGCCGCCCCGGCCCCCUGCUGUUCAAGGAGGGCCAGGACCUGCUGAGCGUGCGGUACGUGCGCGUCAUCGAGGACGGCAUCUGGGACGGCCAGUUCGCGCGCAUCCCCGAGCGCGACUACGACACGUACAAGGCGACGGUUGACGAGGACAGGGAGAGGGUCGUGAGGGAGGCCUGGGAGAAGAGGGCGAGGGAGUACGCCGGCCCGUCGCUGGCUGAGGCGCAGAAGGAGAUCUUCAAGUAUUGA